CACAUCUUUGUGUCUGUUAAUGAAAGUCUAAGAAUUUAAUAUAAAGUCCAUUAAAGGUGAAAAUAAUUCCAGACAAGAAGAAUUAGCCGAGUUUGAACUUUUGGAACAAGAGAUCGAAGAUAGCGAGGAUGGUCUUGUUAGGACCGAUUAUAUAGUUUGUCAUGAUGAACGAAUACAAUUGGCGAGGCUGCGGCAGCGAGUUUUCACCUCGCAACCACCUCGACCACGUCCGCAGUUUCCAAUCGCCAGAAUUCCAUCAUCAAACGAUUUGGUGAUGAAACGAAUGCAGGUGAAGGCUACUCUUUCCAAUCUUGAUUUGCGAUCCUUUGGUAGCGAAACAUCAUUGGUAUCACUGGAUUUCACCACACCUGGUGAUAUUGGAUCGCCAAUGCACUUUGCUGCAAAUCCAUUCCAGAGGUCACGAAUUCCCCGAGGAUCGUUCCGAAGUCCACGAAAGACCAUCGCUAUAUAG